ACGCGUGCCACCCUUCCCGAGGUAUCACGUGUGGGCUUAUCAUUUAGGAAACCGACAGGCCCCUGCUCGCUCUACUUAUUUUAAUCGUGUCAACAUUUUGGAAGGCUCCUUAUAUUAAAGGGGAGUCUCCUUGAGAGUCAACACGGCUCCGAGUGGGUCACUGACCUCUGAGCAAGACCAGAAAUCCACGCCAGAAGGAACGCAGAGCUACGGACGACCCCUCGCAGCAUGGGCCUCACAGGCUUAGAAUGUUACAUUUUGAGGGCGCCGCCGCGAUGAUGACCACCCAUGUCCAGGAUGCAUCUCAUAACCUUCUCCCGCAAAGCAGUGGACGGGGCUGUCCGUGACGUGCCGGCGGAAAGGUCACCUACAGAGCUUAGCGAAUUUUGCUAAGUUAACGCAUCGGAAACCAGAUCAACCCAAAGAGGCUCGUGUUGUGGACUCCUCCCUUUGGUUAUGGAGAGGGAGGCACACCACUGCCGUUAGGCCAUGAGGGGCGAGUGGUGGAGAGGCUUGUAGCACCGCUGGCUGAUUAUGAUGAGGCAAAGGAGAGCGUGGCUAGGCUCCCUCCAAUGCCCAGCAGCUCAGUGACGCCUCUUGGGGACUCCCCUCAAGGCAAGGUGGCAGAUCUGGCACGGUCAGGGAGACUGAGUGGGGGCGGGGCUGUGAGCGAGGGCGUUGGGGAAGCAGCUCAGCCCCAAGCACAUUCCCAAAACAAACUUAAGGUUUGUACGGUGGACGGCUGGACGGAGGGCGAUCAGAAGAAGCCGGUGUCGAGGAAUCCAAGUAGAAUCAAUCACCUCAACAGUUGCAACAGUAGUUCUGCCAGUGACAGUUACUCUGAAGGAAGCUCUGAGGGCAGCACGCCGGACACCACCAGCGGAGGCAGCAUCGGUUGUGGGCGAGGAUGGGUGCGAUCCGAGGACUCAGGUGGCGGCCUCUGUUGUGGCUGCUUGUGCUCAAAAACUGAAACUGCUUUAGCGACCAAACCCGCCAGUGUUGAUGUGCCCGUCUUGCCAGGCAGGAGGCCUCUAGGAGUAACCCGCCGAGCGAAAUGUUGCAAUGCUCUUAUUUUAAAGGAAGACAAUGCCCGCUUCCUGCUGCUGGCGCUGGUGCUGCUGCUUUACAUGGUGUUCGGUGCCCUGGUAUUCGAGGCCUUUGAAGAGGAUACUGAAAGGCGGGAACGAGAUGAUUACAUCAGUCGCUACACCAAGUCAUUCGCGCAACUGAGCAAAGACGUCACCAUCCAGAACGUGAGUCUGGCGCAGGUGGAGGAUCUCCUGUACAUCUGGGGCAACAUGACGGACGCCGGGCACAAGCUGGAAGGCCGCCGACUGUGGGAUUUCGCCGGCAGCUUCUUUUUCGUCUGCACCGUCGUGUCUACCAUUGGCUACGGCGCGGCGGCCCCCAAGACUCAGAAGGGGAAGAUCUUUUGCAUUUUUUAUGGCCUCGUCGGCUGCUCCUCCGGGAUCCUCUUCUUCAACCUGUUCCUGGAGCGCAUCAUCACCCUGCUCGCCUUCAUCAUGAGGAGACGCCACGAGAGGAAUCAGCGGAAGCGAAUGGCGGCCAUCCAAAGGGCCCAGGGGGUGGUGGAGAACGGCCAAAGGAGAACCUCGCAGGACUCCAUGGAGGACGGGAGCCUCAGCGCCUGGAAGCCCUCCGUGUACUGGGUGAUGUUCUACCUCUCCAUCGCCUCCAUCAUCGUCGCCUUCCUGGGGGCCAUCAUGUUCAUGGAGGUCGAGGAGUGGACUUACGAGAACGCCAUCUACUUCUGCUUUGUGUCCUUCUCUACCAUUGGGUUUGGCGACUUUGUCUCCGCUCAGCAACCCAACGUGUUCUACGGGCCAGCCCUGCACACCUACCGCUUCUUCAACUUCAUUGUCCUGGGGUUGGGCUGCUGCUGCAUCUACUCCCUCUUUAACGUUAUCUCCAUAAUCAUCAAACAAUUUCUCAACUUUAUCAUUAAGCGGACUGCAACUUGCUGCGCGGGCGGCCAGUGCACAUCAGCAGGGCGCAGAAACACAGUGUCCCCCUCACGUCAACAGAAACUCUCCAUCAAGCGGUUGGAUGGAGACAUUGACUCCGUGUACGGAUCGGAGACGGAGAGAAAGCUGUCCGGCGAGAUGGUGUCCAAGGAAUACAUCUCCACGAACAAGGUUUCUCUGGCGGUGAUGCAGAAACAACUGUACGAGACAGCACAGCUAGGCCGAGGACAGGCCGCGGCCAGCCACCAAAGGCCACCCUCGGACGAGCGCUUCACCCCAGGCAAGGUUGGGCCGCUGGCCAUCGCCUCCUCUAAGCUGUUUGAGGGUCGCUCCUAACAAACUACUUUGAGUGGCAUUUGUUUCACCUCUGCUGAAAAGCAAAGGUGCAAAUGUAGUAGAGUUAUACAUAUUUUCAUACCCAUGGUUAUUUUUGCCAAAUGUAAAUGUUAUUGGCGUGUUUGUUCAUCUGUAGUGAUAAGUAAUUAGAGGAAGGUUGUGGUACUCCAGAGAAAUCUUGCUCAGAAAUACUUUGUUCCCUAUGUUAUAGUGAUUUUUUUUAUGAACAAGGUAGCGAAUUAACUAGAGAGAUCAUUUGUCUUGUUUCAACUCUACAGUAUACUGGACUUACUGAUGUAUACCCUCUGUCUAACAUAAAUAAAUAAAAAAUCACUUUGCACUU